ACGCAGGCAAUACGCAUACAAUCAUUGAGAUAUUGACGUAAAUGAAUGAGAUCACGAACAUCAUCUUUUAAAUUAGAAUACGAUCACUUUUUAACGAUAAACCGUCACUCAGUAACUAUAUAAAAUGAACUUCACUCAACCUCAUUCCUCAUUCAUCAUUCAUGCAUUCAAAUUUGAAUCGUUGAUUUUCUAAGUACAUAGUAAAAAUGAAGUUCGUUCAAGUUGUGAUAUUAUCGAUCCUCAUAUCGAGUUCCUGGGCUGUGGAUAGAAGCUGGUGGAAGCACGCUACCAUGUACGAAGUUUUCUUGAAAUCGUUCAAAGACAGCAACGGAGAUGGUGUUGGAGAUAUCAGAGGAAUAAUUUCGAAAUUAGACUAUCUCGUCGAUAUUGGCAUCGAUACGAUAUGGGUGACGCCUUAUUUCCCUUCUUCGAUGGCUGAUGGAGGAUACGACAUCACUAAUUUUUAUGGAAUAGAUCCUACUUACGGUACAAUGGCGGAUUUCGACGAAUUAUUGAAGGAAAUGAAAAAACGAGGUCUAAAUUUUGUGAUGGACUUGGUAAUCAAUCACAGCAGCGAUGAACACGAAUGGUUUCAAAAAUCUAUUAAAAAGGUAGCACCUUACACAGACUACUAUGUUUGGGCCGACCCAAAAGGUUAUGAUCAAAAUGGCAAUCCUAAUCCACCAUGUAACUGGGUCAGCAUUUUCGAAACAACAAGACCUACUUCAGGUUGGACUUGGAAUGCGGAAAGAAAGCAAUUCUAUUUCCACCAAUUUGGAGUAAAACAACCAGACUUCAAUUUACGUAACGAAGACCUCAAGAAUGACUUGAAAGCUCUGAUGAAAUUCUGGCUAGACAAAGGAGUGACAGCGUUUAGAGUAGACGCUGUGCCAUUCUUCAUGGAAGAUCCAUUAUUCCCUGAUGAAGGUGAUACACACGAAUGGGUCAAAGUAGCUCAAGGACUUCAAGAGGGAUUCAGUGCACGACUCAAUCAUCCAGACACUGUUCCAUUUUUAAACGAAUUAGCUCUAUAUCUUCGACAAUACGAUCGGAAAAACAAAAAACCACUUGAAAGUGCGAUAAUAGCCGAAGCAUACGGACACGAGAACAUCCUUAAGAGAUACUUCGGACCAUCACAUUCUCCAAUAAACUUCCGCUUAACGACGCUUCGAAAGUAUUUAGACGCCAAGCAGUUGAUUGAUCAUUUGAAUUGGUGGUUGAAAACUAUACCCAAAGGAGCAGCAUCGAAUUGGGCAUUGGGCAAUCACGACCAGGGCCGAAUUUUCCAACGUUUUAACAAAGAAUACAACAAUAUUUUACUAACGUUAGUCACCAUGCUACCGGGAACCAGUGUGAUUUAUUACGGUGAAGAAAUUAGUCAAGAGAUUUUCGACUUUACACCAGAAAAAGAAAAAGAUCGUUUCGUACAUCGAGAUCACUUUCGUUUACCGAUGCAAUGGGACGAUUCCUUAAAUGCAGGUUUCACAUCCGCUGAAAAACCAUGGGUACCGCUUCACCCAGGAUAUUGGAAAUUGAACGUCGAAGCACAAAAACAACAGAAGGAUAGUACCUUGAAUUUUUUCAAGGAAUUGACCUCACUUCGAAAGAUAGAAACUUUUAAAUAUGGUGGCCUGAAAUUCUACACCAUAUCAAAAUGGAUACUUGCUUUUACCAGAACUUAUCGUCAAUCUAAAUACUUGGUUGUGCUGAAUUUGGGAAUGGACAGUAAUAUUGUAGAUUUACAUUCCGGUAUAGACGAUUUACCAGCAACUUUGACUGUGGCAGCAGCGAGUCCAAAUUCGGGAUAUAAAAAAGGACAAAAAUUCAGUACGAUUUCAAAUCAGCAGAAUGCUCCACUCCUGCGACCAGAGUCCAGCGUUGUGCUCACCUUGGAAUAGAGCGUUUUGAAGCUAUAUUUAUUUUAUAUUUCUCAAAAAAUAAUACUCGUACCUACGUUCAUAUGG